AUGGAUAUAAAGAAAUUCAACUAUCUUGAUUGGGAGUCAGUUUUUGGAUUUUUGAAAUACUAUGCUGGAACUUUAAAAUCAGAUUAGCCAACAAAGAGGAAGAUCAAUUCGAUUUUCAGAAGGCUUGAUGUGAAUGCUGAUCAAAAAUUAGCAUUUAAUGAAUUCGCUGAAGCAAUAAAGCCAAUUGAUGUAUACUUUACUGAUGUAGAUGAUAUCAAUCUAAGGCAAGUAAGUCCAAGAAAGUAUAGUCAGGCAGAAUUAGCAGAAUUUAAGAGGCAAUUAAGAUAAGAGCACAGAGAACAUAAAAGUGCAGAAAGAUCAAAGCCAUUGAGAACAUUUAAAUCUAUACUUAGUUCUAAGGAUGUGAGGGCAAUAAAAGAGCUUCAAUCUCCUAUAAAAAGAUAGUAAAAUGAUAUAAUGAUCCAUAAAAAUGAACAAGAGGAUCAAGAUUAUUCCCCAAUUAGGAAAAUAAAUUAAGACUAACCAAUGAAAAUAGAUGAUUUAAGUACUGUAAAGAAGUUUUAAGAGAAGAAAACAAGUGAUAUAAUGCAAGGUGCUUAAUCUACUCAGAAGAUCCAUUAUUACAAUUUUAAUAAUGAAAAUUCUACUUAGAAAAACAUUAGAUUUUCAUCAGGAAUUAAAAAUAAUUAGGAAACUCCAAUUAAAGAAUCUCCAUCUGCUCAAUCCAUUAGAUAGCAGCAAUUAGACUAGAAUAAUGAAAAAUCAUCUGAAAAAUAAUCAAUAUCUGCCCAUAAGUAGUCUCAAUUUUCUAUUGAUAGCUAUUCACCUGAAAAAUUUGCCUAAGAUUCACACUAAAUUGGCAAUAUUCAUAAUAGUCUCAAACUUAUUGAGCAUGAAAAGGAUUUAUUAUUCAGCAAAGCUUAAGAUUUUAACAUCUUAGAUGCAUUCAGAGCAUUUGAUAUUGAUAAUAAGGGAUAUAUUUCGCAGGUAGAAUUAAUAUCAGGUUUACUCGAGAUGAAAAUAGAACAUUCGUAAUCUGAAUUAAACACUUUCUUCAAAUACUAUGAUUCAGAAGGAUAAAAAAAGAUAAGGUUUGCUGAUUUCAGUAGGGCUUUUCUUCCAUCAGAUAAGGACAAAAGUCUUUAAAUCUUAAAGAGAGACCCACUUAAUGUUAAGGUGAUAAAGAGACCUACAUUGAUGUUCCUCAAGAAUACAUUUUUACAAUACAUUGUCGUGUGGAGAAUAUUGCUUAGGCAAAUGUGGGAAAUAGACAAUUAUAAGAAGAGAUAUGCUUAAGCUAAUUGUUUCGAUGUUGAAAAGCCAUUCUUCGAUAUGGAUAAAAAUAGGCUAGGAAAGAUAAGCAAAGAUAAUUUGAAGUAGUACAUGAUUUAAAAAUAGGAUGAAUAAAGAUAUAGCGAUUAGGAUAUUGAUAUGAUAUUCAAUUACUUCAAUCGUAGAGAACUACCCUAAGUAUCUUUUGAUGAUGUAAGAGUUACUUGA